UCUUUUUUCGAAAAAGAGGGGAUAUGCGUUUAAAUAAAUUCUUCGAGACAGGCUAGAAAAAAUUAUUUCCAAGUCCUCCAGCGUUUGAAUCUGCGUGUACUACCGUGUAAAAAGCGUCAUUGUAUAUUAUUCGUGAAAAUAUAUAUAUAUUGCAAGAAUACGAUUCUAAAAAUGGCGGAGCUUAAAAAUAUAUUACGCAAGUGUAUAAUUAUAGGAGCGAAUUUGUCACCCUCGAUAAACAGUGAACGAUAUUUAUCCUCAUUGUCGGAUGAAUCGCCGGAAAUUAAUUACGCGGUUUUCCGAUCUUUCGCGUGUGCCUGCUCGGACACUGUACUAGCAGCAUUGUACAAGUUAGGUUAUUUUAACGAUUUCGACGAACUGUUACAUAUCGCGGGUGAAAUAGUGGAAAUGCGCGAGGCGUUUAAUCAUGAGGAGGAGGAUGCAGGAGGGCUUAUAAGCUUCCUGUUAGCGCAGCAUCGUGGAAAUCGUUUAACAGGACGGAACACUCAAGCGAGUACAAGCGUGCAAGAGACUCCCGCUAGGAUGCAGAAACGUAAGGCCGAAGAAGAGCUUGAAGCGGAGUCUUCGUUGCAGAGAGGCGGUGGUAGUAGAAAGAAAAAAAUACUGGCCGCAGAACAUGUGACGCAGACUCGAAAUAAUGAGGAAAGAAGCGAAGAAAACGAAUCGGAAAAUCGUGUCGCUAAUCCCUCAGCGGUGGAGAUUGAAGAGGAGGAAGAAGCAAAGAUACCGCACCAACGACAACAGCAACAAUCGGUUGGCAAUAAUUUUAGUUACAUUAAUUUAUUAGCGGAAAAUACGAGACAAUUUAGGAGAUUCGGAAUAAUGGGGAGAGAAGCGAGUUUCGCGAUACGUCCGUUACAUGACGAUACAAAUAUUUACAGAGCAUUAGAAAAUGCAUUUCGUGAAAUUCACGCGUAUGUGCUAAAUACAUGUCAACCAGACGAUUAUGUGGGGCUGUCCUUUCAUUCGUCAAAUUUAGCUCAUGGACCCGCGGGUAUAUCGUUUCGCCCUGCGCGUGACUUAACAUACGAGGAUAUUUGGAGAGUCGUAAGUUCGGUAGCGCAGAGUGCCGGAGGUCUCGAUAUCGCGGAACGUUUCGAUAUUCGUGUUUUCAAUGUUUCGGUUCCUUCGGGUCGUGGUCGCGUUAAAUUAACUCGCGAGGACGUUGCAAAGCGUUCGAUAAUAACAAUUAAUAAUGUGGACAAUUUGUGUUUUCCACGUUCACUCGUAGUAGCUCGAGUUUAUUGUGAACGUGGUAAUUUACGCACGGGCGAAUUACAUGAAAAAUGGAAUAAUAUAAGACAUCCUCAUUCUCCGCUUCAGCGUGAGCUAGCAAUGCAAUUAACUAGGAAUGCCGGUGUUACAAUAACUAAUGAGGGUUGCGGAAUUGUAGAAAUCGAACGCUUUCAACGCUAUCUUGCAGUUGAUAACAUCGCGAUUGUAGUUUACAAUUUCGCUACUUUCGCUCGUGGUGCGAAACCUAUGUACGACGGUAUCGCGACACUCGCUUCACUCGAACGUGAACCCACGCUACGUCUAAAUGUAAUGUAUUACGAUCGUUUACGACAUUAUAAUCCCAUUGUAAAUUUAAAUGCCGCCGCGGGUUGUCGAAAUUAUUGCGAACCGUGCAAUAUAGGUUAUCAGAAUAAUAAAACGGGUCAUCGUUGUCCGAGUAAAUGUCCGCGAUGUUUCAUUCUGCCAUCGUGUAAACAGUCAGACGUGAAAAUUAUAAAAUGCAACGCGUGUAAACGUGCAUUUUUCGGUAAGGAGUGCUUCGAACGUCAUCGUAGCGUAAAAUCAUACGACGGUAAAUCAUCUGUUAGUAUUUGCAAUGUCGUACGAUUUUGCGACGGAUGUGGCCGUAUAGUUAAAUUUAGCAUGAAACACGAAUGCGGCGUUUCUUACUGCAAAUUAUGCCAGUCGCCAAAGCCGGAGAAUCACUUAUGCUACAUGCAACCUCUUCGGCACAUGGAUGAUUCCUCUAACGAACCGUCAACUUCGUCAUCGACAACGGCAACGCUAGCGUGCAAGAAGGAACGCGUAGCAUUCGUGUUUUAUGAUUUUGAAACACGGCAGGAUGAGACGCUCGAAGGUACAACUACCGUAAAGAAGCACAUCCCCACUCUUUGCGUAGCGCAGCAAAUUUGCGAGGCGUGCGCGAAAGAAAAUAAUUUAUCCGUGCGGUGUCGUUGGUGCGGGGUGCGAGAGUUCGUAUUUUGUCACGAUCCGGUAAAACAGUUUGUCGAUUUUGCAACGCGAACGACGAAAUAUUUUAAGCAAAUCAUCUGUAUAGCGCAUAAUGCAAAAGCGUUCGACGCACAAUUUAUUUUAAAGUAUAUUGUCGAAAAUCGUAAUAACCUAGAGCCUAAAUUAAUAUUAAGCGGCACAAAGAUCGUCGUAUUAACGAUAGGACAUACGAAAUUCAUCGACAGUGUAAAUUAUAUGCCGAUGCGUUUAUCCGAUUUACCGAAAGCUUUCGGAUUGCAGAAUACGUCGGAUAAAGGCAUUUUUCCACAUUUAUUUAAUACUGUCGAAAACCAAUCGUAUGUCGGACCCUUACCGGACUUACAUUAUUAUUCUCCGGAAUCGAUGAAAACAAAAGAGCGCGAACGCUUUCUUGCAUGGCAUGCCGAUAUGCGUCAAAAAAACAUCGUGUUUGAUUUCCAACGCGAAAUCAUUCGCUAUUGCCGUACCGACGUCGAUAUUCUUCGACAAGCAUGCAUGGCGUUUAGAAAAAUUUUUAUCGAACGUGGAAAUGUGUGUCCGUUCGAGGAGUGUACAACUAUUGCUUCGACAUGCAUGACUGUUUUUCGAAAAAACUUUUUGCACUCAAAUACGAUAGGCGUCAUUCCGGCAGGGGGAUACAGAAAAGCAAAUAAUCAUUCGCGUAAAGCUCUACAGUGGUUGAUAUGGAUGGAGCGCGAGCUCGGACAUUCUAUAAAUCACGCAGGGCGCUCACGUAAAUAUCGUACAAUCGACGGCACGCUCGUCGAUGGAUAUUAUGAAACGUCUGAUACGACAGGAACGACGCAAAGGCAUGUACUGCAAUUUCACGGAUGUUUUUGGCACGGAUGCCCGUCUUGCUUUCCUUUGAAUCGCGACAGACCGAUUUCAUCAUCGGACUGUAAGGAUACAAUCGACUCACGUUACGAGCGAACUCUCGCUAUCUCGUGGAGACUGCGUCAACGGAAAUACUCUGUAAUGGAAAAGUGGGAAUGCUCUUUCGAUCGCGAUAUGCGAGAUAAUCGUGAAAUGCGCGAAUAUCUCGACAAUCACCCGCUGGUGGAAACAUCUCCGCUCGAUCCGCGCGAUGCAUUUUUCGGUGGACGCACGGGUAACAUCGUGACCCGAUAUGAGGUUACAGGUACGGAAAAAAUACGUUACGUGGACGUAUGUUCCUUGUACCCUUAUGUUUUGAAAACUGGCGCUUUCCCGAUCGGUCAUCCCGAUAUUUAUGUCGGCGAUGAAUGUUCCACAUUAAUCGGGAAGGCACCGAAUUAUAAUUUUAAUACAUUGGAGGGGUUCAUACGUUGUAGAGUACUCGCUCCGCGUAAUCUAUUUCAUCCCGUACUCCCAUAUCGCGUGAAGGGAAAAUUACUUUUUGCAUUGUGUCGCAGUUGCUGUGAAACCUUUUCGCAAACGACUUGCACACACGACAAUGCAGAUGAGCGCGAAUUCGAGGGUACAUGGGUGUCCUGCGAAUUACGCAAGGCCGUUGAAAAAGGUUAUCUCGUGACGGCGGUAAGCGAGAUUUGGCAAUACAAAGUCAGUCGAUUCGAUCACACGGCGCGUCAAGGAGGACUAUUCGCCGGAUAUAUAAAUACAUUCUUGCAACUUAAGCAAGAGGCCAGCGGAUGGCCGAGCGAAUGCGGGGAAAACGACGAUGAUGCUAAAGAACAAUAUUUGCGGGAAUAUGAAAAGACCGAAGGUAUUGUUCUCGAUAAGCGUAACAUCGCGCGAAAUCCCGGCUUACGUUCUGUCGCGAAGCUAUGCUUAAAUUCUUUUUGGGGGAAAUUCGGCCAACGUUCCAAUUUGACUAAUACGGAAGUCGUGAGAACGCCGCAACGUUUUAUAACUUUGCUCACGAGUGCCGAGCAUGAAAUAUCCGAUAUAUUACCCGUGAACGACGAAGUAAUAUAUGUUUCAUGGCGACUGCGACAAGAAGCAGUUGUUUCCUCCCCGUUGACUAACGUCGCGAUAGCAGCAUAUACGACAGCACAAGCUCGUUUAACAUUAUACUCUUAUUUAGAGCGAUUAGAACGUCGUGUUUUGUAUUAUGAUACAGAUUCGUGUAUCUACGUAAGCAGCGGCGAUCCGAACGAAUAUGAGCCACGUACAGGAAAUUUUUUAGGCGAUAUGACCGACGAGCUCGAGAGCUAUGGUAGUGGCAGUUAUAUCGAAGCGUUCGUAUCCGGCGGUCCGAAAUUUUAUGCUUAUAUCGUACGUACGCCAGACGGACGAACGCACGAAGCGUGUAAAGUUAAAGGUAUUACUUUAAAUUAUGAAAACUCACAGCUUGUUAAUUUCAAUAGUAUUAGGGAUUUAUUAUUAGCUAAAGAGACAGAAAAUGAGGAGAACGAUGAAAAAGCCGAAACUUCGAUAAAUUUACGCUUCAGAGCAAUACGACGUACCGCGUUCCACGAGUUGGUAACGCGGGAUGAAACCAAAGUAUGUGAGCCUGUAUUAUUAAAACGUAGAUUUAUUAAUAGUCGGUGUUCACUACCAUACGGAUAUAUAAUAGAUGAAUAA